AUGGUAUGCAACCUAUUGGCGGCAAGCAUAUUGUUGCUUGGGGACAAGCAACAUUUCGGCGGGGCGGUUGAGAUUCAAGUACGGAAGAUCUAUUGUGUCAAUAGGGCUAUACCGGUUCUUCCGAUUAACAUUGAGGACGCAGCACGGGGCGAGAUGGAAUUUGAAAAGUUUGCUAUUAUUUAUGUUGUUGUGGAUUGUGCUGUGUCAGAUGGCAUGCUAUAUGGCCCCAUGAACACCGGCCUUAAAUUCAGAGAAUUUUUAUUGUCAGAGAGCUUUGUUGGGAUCCAUACCCCGAAACUGAUUCAAGGAUCCAGCGAGGGUGGUGCAUCCGUAUUCAACCUUUUAUACAAUGGUCAGCCUGCUUGUUUAGGACAAUCUCCUCAGUUGCACAAGCAAAUGGCUAUUUGUGGUGGGUUUGAACGUGUAUUCGAGAUUGGUCCUGUGUUUAGAGCAGAAAAUUCCCACACACACAAGCAUCUGUGUGAGUUUAUAGGUCUUGAUGCUGAAAUGGAGAUUAAGGAGCACUAUUUUGAGGUUUGUGAUAUUGUAGAUGGUUUAUUUGUCUCAAUAUUUAAACAUUUGAAUGAAAACUGCAAGAUGGAACUCGAGGCAAUAAAUAGGCAGUAUCCGUUUGAACCACUAAAGUUUCUGGAUCAAACCCUGAAGCUCACUUAUGAGGAAGGAAUUCAAAUGUUGAAGGAAGCUGGAACAGAAAUUGAACCCAUGGGUGACCUCAAUACUUAUGCUGAGAAAAAGCUUGGUCGCCUUGUCAAGGAAAAGUAUGGCACAGAUUUUUUCAUUCUCUAUCAGUAUCCUCUGGCCGUACGACCAUUCUACACCAUGCCUUGUUAUAACAACCCAGCUUACAGCAAUUCUUUCGAUGUCUUCAUUCGAGGCGAGGAGAUAAUUUCUGGAGCACAAAGAAUACAUGUACCUGGGCUGUUGGACAAACGUGCUGCAGAGUGUGGAAUUGAUGUCAGUACUAUCUCGACAUACAUUGAAUCAUUCAGUUAUGGUGCACCUCCUCAUGGCGGUUUUGGGGCAGGCUUGGAAAGAGUUGUCAUGCUGUUCUGCGGCCUGAAAAACAUCAGGAUGACUUCACUCUUCCCGCGUGACCCACGGCGGCUUGUUCCUUAA